AUCCCCGCCCUCGUGGUGACUCCUUCAGGAGGCCGGAUCGGUGUCAGGAUUUUUCUCUUGUCCCUGUGGUUAUGGCGGCUCCUCGUCCUGUGAGUACAGAGGCGCCUUUUGAUCCGUCUCGGGCCCCAGUCAUCGAGGGCUUCAGCCCCACGGUCUAUAGCAACCCAGAGACCGUCAAGGAGAAGUUUAUUCGCAAGACCCGUGAGAACCCACUGGUCCCCAUAGGCUGUCUGGGUACGGCGGCUGCCCUCUCCUAUGGCCUGUACUGCUUCCACCGCGGCCAGAGCCACCGCUCCCAACUAAUGAUGCGCACCCGGAUCGCUGCCCAGGGCUUCACGGUCGCUGCCAUCUUGUUGGGGUUAGCGGCGUCUGCUAUGAAGUCUCGACCCUGAGUGUGUGGACGGGACUUGAAAGCUCCAUGGAAAUCAUUACAAAACCCAGGAGCAACAAACAGCCUUAGCAGACUUGCUCCCUCCUUUUCUAACAGGACCUUAUGAUCAUUUGGGUGAGGAAAUGGCCGGGUUUGUGACUGACUCCCGCUCUGCCGCCCCCGAAGUCUCAGGUUA